AUGGCACAUGUGGGAAGAUUGUCACCCACGAAGCGGCGGCAGAGGAAUUACCAUCCCACCAGCAGGAUGACUUUAUCAGACCCAAAGCACCAACGUCCGUCGCUGUUUUUUUCAUCAUCAUCUUCUUCUUCCCCUUCUUCCGCAGCACGCCCGACGCCGCUGGUGCUAGCACUGCAGGCUCAAUGGAGUCUUUUGCAGCAACAUCUUCAACUCGGUGCCAUACCCAUCUCCGCGGAACGUGACCUGCUAAAAGUGCUGGAGUCCCUGCCAGAAAAUAAGAAUACCAUCUUGUCGGAUGUAGAGGGUGUGCUGCCGUAUAUUUUGGCCUUUGCUGUGGCGCCCAUUCCAAGUGAGCGGACGCAGGUGAUAGCCCUCGGGGCGAUGCAGGCUAUUGUUGGUUCACUCAUCACGGUAUGGGGCAAAAAGGCGGCUGCUGUCCUGGUGCAUGACUUUCUGACUGUGGAGCACAAUGCCCUUCACGCACUGGGGGUAGCGCUCUCGGUCGCCCUUGAGGAUGGCGAAACUGAGGGAGUGGGGGAUGUCGUGAUGGAAUUGAAUCGAGUUGAUUCUGGGAAGAAAAUGAGACAAGGACGUAAUACCACACUGACAGAGACCCGCAGCUCCAUUAUAGGCGGUGCAUUGGAACUCCUUAUGAUGAUGGUAAGUUUGUCCACAACAACCGCGGCUGCGGCACUCACUCAUCCUAAACUUCUCCACGCAAUUCUGUCUUGCCUCCCUCAGGCUACCCCAACGCAGGCCUGUGAUGUAGCUAACAUCUUCCUCGCUUUGGGCGCCGUGGAUGGUGCGGCCGAGGUGCUUGUGGCAUCUCGAGCUUAUCAUGGCGUUGUACAUUACAUUAGAAUGGGUGCACAUGUUGGAGUUGGCGUGUCUCACCCCAAUGCAACGGUUACUGCGUUGUGUUUGUUUUUAAAAUUUGUUGUUCGACUUGCAGGAAACCCGGCGGCCUUUGCAGUUCUACAGGAAUACUCUGGCACACCUCAUGUGAUGGAGGAGCUUCUUUGUGGCCAGUGGGGGGAACUUGUAGCCACUGGCUGCCAAUGGCUUGUUAGAAUCAUGGAGCAGCACACGACGCAGUGUGUCGGGUUUAUAACUGAUUUGCUUCUCAAGACACGGGUUGGGGAGCAACUUUCCAGCAUGUUGUUGUGGCCAUCAAGCAUGGCGACAUAUGCGGCAUUGGCGGCUCUCUGCUGGAGGUGGUUCUCUCUUGUCUCACCCGCCACUGUGGGCUCCUUUCUGGUUUCGAAUCCUAACGCCCUACUCUCCCUUUUGCAAUCCCUUGCGACAACAUCCCUAACAAAAACUCGACGACAACAGCAACAAGAGGAAAGAAAACCAUUGUUAAUUGGAGACGCGGCGUCGGGGUUGCGUGAAGGAGCCAAUGGAAGCAGUAUGGUGCGUCAAAUGCUUACAGAAAUUGUCUGUGCACUAGGUAUUAGUUACGGUCUGGCAAAUAGGGAGUUGCGUGCGGCAAUACAUCGUGUGGCUUUUUGUCGGCUUUCGCCCGUGACGCAGGAGGAGGUGCAGAAGCGAGUCAGGGCCAUCCUUGCCGGUGUGGACGAUUCGUACUUUGAAGACGAGUAUCCCACCGUGAUGGUACCGCGCCGAAAUCCCCGCGGCAUUAAUAUUUCCCUACCCGAAAAGAAUCUUGUAGAGUCUUCCGCGGAGACGGAUGAUGAUGAUGGUGAUCAUGGAGGGGAUGCCACUAAUGGCGGGAACUCGAAGAAGACGAGGCCGUUGAAUGACGCUGAGGGUGUCCGUUCCCUGUCCACUGGGAAACAGUGGCGCAGCUUCAUGCUUCACGCGUUGACUCGCCUGUUCCGCGGUAAUGCCCGAGGGACGGUGAAAUCCGGCUCCAUGGUGCAGGGGCAUCCGUUGGGGGCUGCGACGGGUCUGCAUCGCAUGCCAAACUUACACAGUGCGCGUCAAAAUCCACAGAACAACCACGCUGUUACUGCCACCGCCGUCGCUACCGUGACAUCGUCAAUUCAACUAGGCGUGGUGCAGCGGGCGGAGCAAAUGGGAGGCACGUUUUACCUGGACAGUAUUCGUGUGAUUCUGCGGCUGGCACACUACUACAAGCACGCCUCUGGGAAGGAGGACUUUCACGGUGCUGCGACGUGUCGUUCAGCCUCAGCGCAUUCUGUGCACCGUGGGGGGAAAGCCCCGAAUCCGUGGGCUCCACCGGAAAAGGUGGAAUCUACACGGCGUUGGGGUGUAGAAGAGGUGCGGCGGUCCGAUGUCGUUUUGUUCUUUGUCUCAUAUGACAACAUUGUGGCUGAGCUGGCGGAGGCGCUGGAGGCGGUGGAGGAACACACGAGGAAUCUCGGUCAGCAGCUUCAGGUGUGCCCCACAAGAGCACUGCAUCGAAGAUGUGUACUGAAUGACCUCUACUUGCAUGUGUAUCCGUCGAUCCAUAUGUUUCUUCGGUUUAUUCAACAUCACAUGGCACGAUCGCGGCCUGUGCUUCAGGUCAUUGCAGAGAGUGAACGUGCGGUUCAUUCUGGCAACAUAUUGGAUCUCUACGAGGCUGUUGGGCAUUGCGUCGGUGCGAGUGUGUCGUCGCCAGGGAACACCACAAUAGAGAGCCAGUGA